AUGACGUCUCUGAACCUUCGUCCAGUCGCUUCGUCCUCUUCUGCCUCCUCCUCUUCAGCAUCUUCAUCAAAACCAAUACCUUCACCAGCAUCGUUGAAACCAUGGGAUUUCGCCUAUUCAUCUUCAUCAGAUGGGUGUGAUACGAACCUGUUGAUAAUGUUUCACGGCCUAGGUGAUUCCAAAACACCUUUUUUCAAUCUAGCUAAACAAUUGAAUUUACCUUCAACUGCGAUAUUAUCAUUGUCAGCAAUUGAUCCAAUACCAUUAAUGGAUCAUCCAUCUUUUUCAUGGUAUCCAACAUUCACUUCUACAUAUGAUCCAAUUCCAAUAGCAAAUCAAAAUCCCACUGUACAUCUAUCGAAAUUACGUGAUCUCGUAUCUACGCUCAUUACACCUUCUGGACACACUGGCAGUAGUGCUGUCAGUGGUGGUGGUGGUGGUGGAUUAGGAUGGAAAUUGGAUGAAAUACAUUUAUUCGGUUGGGGUCAAGGUGGUACCAUUGCUUUAGAGCUUGGUUUAUCGAUCGGAAAGAAUCCAUUGACCAUAUCAACGUCAGCCGUUGAAAGUGAAGGGAAAGGUGGAAAAAGAUUCGGAUCAAUAACGUCUAUAUGUGCGAAUCUAUUGACACAUCCAACAUCGAGCCUGAAUAUCCCAACACCAGUCUGUUAUUUCACUCGAACAUCGCCCAAAUCAUCCAUCCACGAGAAAUCAGUAAACGUGCUCAAACGAGCUUUUAGAGAAGUGCAGAUCGUCACACCAAAAGGAUCAGGAGGAGGAGGAGAAGAUAUGCCUAGAAGUAAAGAUGAUUGGUAUGGUAUAAUGAAAUUUUGGAGUCAAGUCUUAGGUAGGAAGAGUGAUGAAGAUAAAACUUGGAAAGGUCAGGGAGAAGUAUACGAAGUAAUACGUUAA